AUGCGUUGCCAGUCCGGUAAUUUAAGCUUCUCAUGCUUUACUGACAAAGUGGAUGAUGAGAAAGCCAGGUUUAAAGCAAUCAAAUUGUACCUAGAUUCACAAAAUCUGAUGAUCAGCUGUUAUUUAUAUAAUGUAGAGGGGGAGGACAGUUUGGAAACAAGAAAGAAGCUUCUACUGAGGUAUAAUUCUGCAGGGCUUGCUCCCACCAUUGAGAUCUUCAACAGCACCUAUUCUCAGAUCUUCUACUUCAAACUGAUACUGCAAACUGAAGAAGAUCAAAGUACUUGGCACAUUGAUAUUCCCAGAGUAAACAUUACAUAUAAUACUGACAUUGCUCCAAUAGAGGAGUGGUUCUUAACAUUCAGAAUGCAUCAUGGAUUAAAUAUGUUUACCACCGAAGGAACGUUACUGGAUAUUCUCAGAGAACCAAUUCUUCAGUGGGAACUUGGUGAAAGAAUAACCCCUGAAAACCUUGAUGCUGUGCUGCCUUAUGCAAUAAAUAUCACAUUGUCAGUAUCUCCUUGUGCUAAUGAUGUGGCAGUUAUUGGACUCAUCUGUAAUGCUACAACUCCCGGUGUGUAUGUAGGUGUUACCUACACUGGAUUUGCCUAUGACAAUACAACAUGGUUCAACAUGACGAAGAGCCUGUGUCCCAGCAAUGAUGAUGCAUGUGAAGGCCUCUCACUUCUGAACAUAGUUUUAACGAAUCACCAUUUGGUGCUGCUUACCACAAUGGGCUUACAUAUCAGUAAUGACCUAUGCCAACCUACUGGAAAAAUCCUAACAUUCUCUAAUGUGACCUUUUGCGGCUUUGAAAUGCUGUCAACCUGCUUUUACAGUUAUUCACCUUUCCAUUUGUGGUCAAAUUGCCUUCCUCGAAGGUCCUUUGGCAGAAAGAAAUUUUCCAAAAGACCAAUAGCAUUCCUUAUGGAUUAUCAGCAGAAUACAGGAAUCAGUGUUUACAAGACUCAGAAAAGGGCAUUGGUUGCUGUUUAUAGGAUAACAAAAGGCAGACUGAGUAAGAAAGUAAAAUUUCCAAUGUUUCAAUUUCCAAACACUGGUUUUAUGCCAUAUGGAAUGUUUUUCCACCCAGAGACUCAUUUUCUCUAUGUUUAUGGAAAUGAGGUGUGGUUAUCCAGUGAUGGAGGCAAUUCUUUUCACUUAUUAAUCAGUCUUGAAAAUGAACAGAUUGUCAAAGCAACUGCCUGUGUGUACACUCAUACAGUUGCAUUUGUGAGCAAUAAGGGAAGCAUUUUCUUCAGUAAGGCGGGUAAAGAUGGAUUUAGAAUCACUGAUGUGGAAAAGACAGUGGUGAUUCCAGGGAGCAGCAGCUUCCUCAUCACGGCUGUUCUGGACAAUCAGACGGCGGCAGCAGAGCCCACCAUGCCUAAGAAGGUGCCUUUCAACAUAAGCAUUCCAGCCAGCCGGUGGUUCAUGCAUGACUUUGGUAUUGCAAAUGGAAAAAAAUGGGACCUGAAGGUAGACACAUGCAGAUAUUCAGUACAAGAGAGUGGUCAUACAGCAAGGAAUGUCAUUAAAUACUUGGAUCUGGACACGACUUACAAUUUCACGUUUAGAGUAAUUCCUCAAUAUACAGCCUAUCCUAUGUUUCAAAAGCGACUAAUAAACCUCGUCAUCGGCAAUCCAUCGCUACUGGAAGUGACUACAAAAGAGUACUGGGAUGAAAUUGAUGGUUACAUACUGCAAUUCUCUGUUUACAACAAAUUUAAUAAGCAAGUAAACUACAGACCUCCAUCUAUAUAUGGAAUAGCUAUUCCAAUCAGUGAUAACUUCUAUAAUGCAGACCCCAGCAAGCCAAGAAUGAGAAACUAUUACACAGAUUCAAAAGUUUCUGGAUCUUAUAAGAAGUGUGCUAACAAGUCGUCCAGAGCUGAAUGCAACUGUACGUUGGCUGAGAAAAUGUCUUCACUUGAAAUUUUCUCAGACUGUACAGAGAAGGUUCUAAGAAUGAGGUAUCCAGUUACAAAGCUUCCAAUCCAUUUCAACCUUAAGCAUUCAAAUUCCAUUACAAAUCUGACAUUUCCUUAUUUUGUUACAAUUACGGAAGUCAACCAAAGGGAAAACUGGGAAGUCAGAGGUAUCAAUGAAACAUCAGGCAUAUUAAAAAUAAGAUUCUAUUUAACCAGAAAACUCCAGACUACUGUGUAUAGUCCAAAUUCUUUGAUCUUAAGCCUAUAUGGAUCUGAGCUUUUCCAUUUCAAGGUAUCAACUGUUCCUGGAGUUUCCCACUGCAACUUAUCUGAUGAAUUUCAGAUUUAUGUAGAUGAGGCUCCACUGGCCUAUCCAGGAUCAUUUCUUUUAAGUGCAUUAACAGCUUUAUUAAUAGGGGGCAUUAUCUUUGUGGCAUUUCUUGUACAACUGUAUCAAAUAAACAUAUGGGAUGAACUGAAACGGAAAUGUGGACGAUUCAACAAAGUGUCGCCAUCAGAAAGUUCAAGCGCUGCUGUUGCUACUUCUGCCUCUGCCGGGGAGCAGCGUUAUGUGAAUUAG